AUGAGUCAAUAACAAUUUUUAAAAAGUUCCUUUGGUGUAAAUUUAGCUAAUUAUGAAACUAAUGAAAAUAACAAUUCUCUUAUUAAUUAAUCAAAUUAUAAAACUAAUGAAGAUAGAUUCAUAACUUAAAUGAGUUCUAAAUCAAAAUCUCCUUAUUGCAGAAAUACUAGAAAGAUAUAAAUGGAAGGAGAUUCAUAAAACAAUUUGAGGUUAUUAGAAGAAUAAACAAUUAUAAAUAGAUAGUUGAUGGAAAAGAUUUUUGAAUUAUAGUCUUCAGAUAAAUAAAAUUAUACACUUUAAGAAUUGUAAGAUUAAUUGAAUGAAAAAAAUAAAUAAAUCAAUGAACUUUAAAAGAAUGUAAAGAAUUAAGAAUGUUAUUCUGAACUAAAUUAAAGAAUUUUAGAUAUAAGUAAUAACUUAGACAAUGUGAUUCAAUAAAAUUCUACAUUGACUUAAGAAAAUGAGUUGCUAAAAUUAAAAAUUGAAUAAAUGAAAUAAUAAGAGAUAAAAUAUUUUGAUUUACUCUAAGAGAAUAAUAAAUAAUGUUAAUAGCUAAAUUUAAUUAUUAAUGAUAAUUCUUAAUUGAAAAAAAUUUAAUAAUAAUUUGAGGCAGAAUGUAAGGGAUAUUAACAAUAAAUAUUAAAAUUAUAAGAAAAGUGUGAAGUUUUAUAAGCCUCAUUGUAGGAUAAAAAUGAUUCAAAAUUUUUAUAAUAAUAAAUAAAUGAGUUAUUAUAAUAAUAAUAAGAGUAAAAUAAAAUUAUUGUAAUUAUAAUUUAUAUUAAAUUAGAGUUUAAUAACAGAUGAAGCAUUGUAUUUAGGAUAAAUGACUUUAUAUACAAAUGAUUUACUACAAAAGUAAUAAGGUGAUAUACCAACUUCAAUAAAGGUUCUUUAAAAGGAUUUAAGUAAUAAAAAAACAACAAUUUAACAGAAAAUGAAAAUUUUACAGUAAUUUGGAAAUAAUAUGAAAAUAAAAUAAUGCAUUUCACAUAAUAGUUCAAUAAGAACGAAUUCUGAUGUGGAUUUACUAGAAAAUUUAGAAAACGAUGUAUAACCAACAAAAUAUUAAUAAUAAUCAAGUUAACAUAAUGAUUUAAUGACGAUGUUGGUAGUUUAAUGUCAUACAAUAGAAAGAAUGAUUGAUUUUUGA